AUGUUAUGGACCUUAUUGACGACGCCUCUUCCUUCGAUUCUGUUCGUCUGCGCGCUCCUCGCCUGGUGGUUCAUUGAGCCCAAGACAACCCACCUGAACCUCAUUAUUGUCAUCGGCGGCGUCCUUUUCUACUGGGCUGUCGCGCCCGACUUGGCCCAGUCGACUCCCGCGCGCAUCUACAACAUCUCUCUCGAUCUCGCCGCCCUAUUACGACUCGACGUGCUGAUUACAUACCACGCGAAUAUGCUCGUGACCGGCGUUGCCUUUUUGUGGUUGGCCCACCGAGCCGUCCAGACAUUAAGAAAAUCCGUCAACGACCUCGUCAGCAUCCUCGGUGUCGAGGUUCCCGAUGCCCCCGAUGUCUCGCUCGCUGGAAUACGUGCCGAAGCAGCCACUCUGAACUGGACACGCCCUCUGCCGACCCGACCCGUCGCGAAAUUCACGAUACAAGUCAAUGGCGUCAAUGUUGGGGAUUCCGCGAAUCAGGAGACCGCCAUCACCGUGACGGGUCUGAAACCAGAUCAUUUCUACAAUGUUCGCGUCAUCGCCGUCGGUUACAACAAUUUCCAGGCAGGGAGUCGCGUGAUCCGCUUGCGAACAUUUGGUAGAGAUGGUCGGCCCCAGCUCGGAGAUGGCCGUCUUCCGUCUAAUUUCGUCCUCGAGGAGCAGAAGCUGGUCAUGCCGAGUGAUCACACCGAUGAGGAUGGAGUAACGAGGAGCCCUGCUGCUGGCGUGGAAGCUGCUUCCAUCCCUGAUACCUCAAGCUUGUCCCCACGGGAUGCUAUGACCAGUACCCCAAUUGGACGGCGCAAUACCCUGACGAGGAAGCACUCUCCAUCCAGCACGAGUAUCGAACAAUCGGUUAAGGAUGCUCUGAGCAAUCGCUCAGAGCAUUCCUUGCAGGAGCUUGGCGAGAGGUUCGAGAGCAUACGGAAAGACAUCGACGAGACACAGUCGCAGAUCGCCAGAGACGAGAGAGAGCACAAAGAGAUGAUGGACGAGCUGACUGAGGAGAAGAAAACCAAACGGCGGGUGCAAAAAGAGAAGGACGACACUACAGAAAAACUGAAGAAGGAGAUGGGGUUGACCGAGAGGGCUAUGCGAAGCGUGCAGCAACGAAAAACCCAGAAGGAAAAGAUGUUGAGGGAGAAACAAGCUGAGCGCCAGAAGCUCCACGACGACAUGGCAAAAUGGGAGAAGGAUAUGGCCUCGAUGCGGAGACGACAAAGCUGCUUCGAAAAGGAUAGGAGUACGUAUCAGGAAAGGGGCGAUACGCAGGCCGAAAAGUUACGCCUUGAAAUCACACAGGCGCAAGCCAGCCUAGCACAGGAGGAGGGGGAACUCAGGGAGAAGGGCAAGGAGCUGAAAGAAGCCGAAGAGCAGCGUAAAAGGCUUCCUGGAGGAGAAGAAAGCGAAGAAUGGCGCGAUCUCGAUCGCGAACUCGGACGGAAUUGGGACGUCAAAUACAAGGAGCUUCAGCGCCGGCUCGGUGCUGCCCACAGAAAUUUGCGAAUGAUCAACGAAUACGAGCAGGUGCUACAGGCUCAGCUAUCGACGGCCCAACAGUCUGGCCUGCCCUUCAUGUACAGCCAGGCGAACUCCUCCGGGGCUGAAUUUGAUUCGGCAGCACAUAACCAACUCAAACGACGAAGCCGCAACAGCAACUCGUUUUCUAACGUUGCUAUCCCUUCUCCUGUGCAGUCAUACGCCGCAACAGAACGUCCGUCUUUUGCGCCCUCUUCGACAUUUGGUCCUUCCAGACCGCCGACGAUGCCGCCGGGCUUUGCUCAAGGUCCUUUCAUGGAUCACAGUGCCGACUUCUCGGCCCCUUUGGAUGAGGAAGGCCUUCGGGCCCUGAGUGCCGGUGCACCACUCAGUCCCACUGCUACUUCCUUGUUGCCCGCCGGGAUGCUUGACGACGUCGUCGACUAUGGACCUCCCAGACCUCAACCACGGCCAGUUCGGCACAACACUUUCGGAUCGGGCCCAUCUCAGGACAAUGAUCCCCAGUCACCUGCAUCUUCGGCUCGAUCUGCGAGUCUGAUGUCAAGCCCUCGGAGUUCUUCUCAGCAUCUGCCGUUUUCGCAGUAUACCGGUGAGAACAGCGAUCGUCGUUCGCUCCGGGGAGCUCGAGGAGAUUUUGGCGCUGCUUUGUCUCCAAUAGCUCCUCCCGGUCAGGCUGUCCAUAGAAGGAACUUCUUGCCGUGGCUCCAUAGGGGGGGCAAGCCAGGAGACGAAUCUCCGGUGCUCGGAUCGUUGAAGUCAGGCCAGAGCCAGUCGUUCCCCCGACAAGCGGAAGACGCGGAACCUAUCCAUAACAAGCGACGAAUCAGCUUCUCGGCCGGUUGGAAUCUGUUUAACCGAAACUCUGCUGGCCCCGAUCCAACUGAAGUCGGAAACUCGAGCUCCCGAGCUGUCCAUCCUCGCCGACUAGGUCUCGGUGCACACGCUAACAGUACGGGCAGCAACAUCUACUCCGAGCGCGAUCCAAGUAGCCCCCGACCAAUGUCGAUCGCCUCUUCGGAACUGCCUCGACCUUCUACUGACAGUGGAUCCAUAUGGGGUCGUGUUCCGCAGACUCAUCGACUCUGGUCUCCCGAAGCAGAAAACCCGUGGAUUGCUUCUCGAAGCGCGUCUAGGCGACCUUCGCUUCAUGGUUCUCCAUCUUUGCUAAAGACAAGGGUUGCCGACGCUGAUGACGAAAUUCUGGACGAAGCGGAGCUUCUGUACGCUUCUCCCAGUCAAGUUGGGAUCAUUGGAAGCAAACCCAUAGGAAAGACACUGAGUCAACGUCUGAACCCUACGGCUCCUACGUUUAUGGCUGGCUUGUUCCGUGCCAAGCCUGAGAAGGAAAGGGACGUGGAUAGGGAGACCAGGGACAGAGGCAAGGCCAAGGGCAGAGACAAGGAGAAGAAGCCUCGAGAAUCCAUGACAUCAGCAUCCGAAGCUGGUACCAUUUCGAUGGACGAGUCACCUUCGGAAUCGCGAAAAUCUCGAGAUGCUUUUUCCGAAACCACACCGUCGGUCACAGAAUCCCGUGAAUCGCUCAACCUGGAUCAAUCGUUCUCUAACACGCCAUCAGACGCUACCGGACUCGGCAUAAAAGAGUCGGAAAGCGGGAUUAGAAAGCUGUUGCGCAAGGGAAGCUCCUCCAAGUUCAGCCUCUCCUCGGUGCGUGGAUUAGGCAGCAAGAAAGGACCCAACAGUGUGGCAAGUUCGGACAGGAACUUCGGUGACCGCACCAGCUUUGAUGAUUAUGGCGAAGAGGGCAAUGGCCAAGUGCUGAGUCGUAGCUAUGACAGUAUGAACAGCAGCCCUUCGAUAGGUCCGAUGAGCGGGAAUAGGUCAGCCAAGGAAAAGCCGGUCAGCUGGGGCUCUAGGUUCAGCAUGAAAAAGAAGUCGGGGAAAGAAAAGGAGAGUUUGGAUCUCGAAAGAGAGGACGCGGCUCCUGCUACGCCUCUCAUUGAAGAACACUAG